UCGGUCUCGUGGGUUGCGUGGACGGACCGGACCCACCACUCCACUCCGCCACCGCAAAGCUUCCGCUUCGCUGGCCCGUCCAGCCGCGGCCAGGCUUGCGUUGCGACCACGCCUCGCCGUCGCCGGCCACUCUCCUCCCGUCCUCCGCGGCGGCGAACCUCACCAUCUGCAGGACAAGAGCAGCUCCUCCUCGUCCCCGUGCUUUGCUUUCGGCUUGGGGGAUCCAUCCAUCUCUUGUUCCCUUUUUCCCGCGGUUCUACUCCAGGCUGUCUGAUCAUUACUGGCCAUGUGGGGUGAGCGAACUCAUCACAAGCACUUGCAUCAAGCUCAUGCUUCCUCUGGAACUUCUAAGGAGAAAUUUCAAGCCAGAGGACAACCAAAGUUCAUACCUGACAACUACAGCUCAGUGGAUGAGGUAACUUCUGCGUUAAGAGAGGCUGGUCUUGAAUCUUCAAAUCUUAUUCUCGGUAUUGACUUUACUAAAAGCAAUGAAUGGUCAGGCAGAUAUUCCUUUGGAAGAAAAUCUCUGCAUGCUAUUAGUGGCGCUCCUAAUCCAUAUGAGCAAGCAAUUUCUAUAAUUGGGCGAACACUGUCACCUUUUGAUGAUGACAACUUGAUACCAUGUUUUGGGUUUGGUGAUGCCUCUACGCAUGAUCACUCCGUCUUCAGCUUCUACCAAGAUAAUCGUUCUUGCUGUGGCUUUGAAGAGGUUCUUCAAAGAUAUAGGCAAAUUGUCCCACAUUUGAACCUUUCAGGACCGACUUCUUUUGCUCCUCUUAUCUAUGCGGCAAUUUCUAUUGUCAAAAAUAGUAACUGGCAAUACCAUGUCCUCGUCAUCAUAGCUGAUGGGCAGGUGACCACCUCAAAUACUAAGGAUGGAAAAUUAAGUCCGCAAGAGCAAGCAACUAUACAAGCAAUUGUUGAUGCAAGCUAUUAUCCUCUUUCAAUUGUGAUGGUUGGGGUGGGAGACGGGCCAUGGGAUGCUAUGCAACACUUUGAUGACUGUAUUCCUGACAGAGCUUUUGACAAUUUUCAGUUCGUGAACUUCACAGAUAUUAUGUCAACAAGUAAGGAUACGCCGAAGAAGGAAGCGGCAUUUGCCCUUGCAGCCCUUAUGGAAAUACCUUCUCAAUAUAAAGCAACACAAGGCCUCCGACCUCCUGAAAAGCAUGCGGGUCACGCGGCCAGUUAUCUGAGGAUUCUUCCUCCUCCAAACAAAGUUCUUGAGCAUGAUAGUGCUGCAGCAUCACGUCCUCCAACUGCAAGCUCCCAGUCAACUGGCUUUGGAAAGAAUUUAACUGAUGAGCAGGUUUGUCCCAUCUGCUUAACCAAUCCAAAGGACAUGGCUUUCCAAUGUGGUCACCUGACAUGCAAGGAAUGUGGCCCAACUCUAUCAACAUGCCCCUUAUGCCGUGUGCCAAUUACGAUGCGUGUAAGGCUCUAUUCGUGAGGUGAUCUGACCUUCUAGACUGCAGGAAUAAAAUAUUCAAUUCAAUCAGUACAGUACUACAGUGUAUAUGGUGUUCGACAUUAAGGAGCUCAAGAGCUCGGAAGCACAAGCACACUUGCAUCGCAUGCCGAGAUGUGGAUGACAUAAAAACCAUGUAAAAAAAAGCUAAACUAGACUAUGUUGGAUUAGUUUUGAAAUUUCAGGUAGUAUAUACUUUGGGCUAUUGUAUUUGUUUCUUGUAUGUACCAGGAAAAGAGCUGACUUCUGAUGCUUGAAUCAAGGCUGAAAAAUUUAUAAUGUGUAUUUUUGGAUGCAUUAUGCUCUUCAAAAUAAAUGAGUUCAUUUACGCACUUCCAACAUGUGCACAAUUUGAGGC